CCCUGCCUGUUGCAGCACAGCAUCUCAUUUUUUCUUCUACUCCUGAAGACAGCCUCUGACAAAUGUCAGCUCUUCAAGCAUCACUACAUGAAGUAGUCCAAGGGCAUGAUGCUGGCUUCUGGAUUCCUUUUUCUGCCCCCUCCUCCAGCUUUUUCAUUACAUAAAGCUGACAACCGCAGAUUUGUCCUCUGUUGAUAUACAGCCAAUUAAAGAAAGGAGUUAUGGUCCAUCCCAGCUUGUUUCACUUUGCUGGUUUUUUUCUCUGCCAACCCAAAUUUCAGCUACAGUAAUAUGAUACCACUUGGCAGAAGUUAAGAGAAUCUUUGGCACAUUGGAAAGAGGCUUAAUGUAAAGUCUACUUUUUUUCUUUUUUCUUUUUUUUUUUUUUUUUUUUGAGCUUUUUGAAAGUCCAGCAGUUCAGCACAACUUUGACAGUAACUGCAGGACUCCUCACAAAUGUUCCAGAUGCAACUGUGAGCAAAAGGAUUACCAAUACAUUCCGUGAAGUGAAUUAUCUUAACAUCUCUCAUCUCUCUCUAAAAAGCACUGAAGAACAAUAUGCAUCCAACAGAACAAUUUUCUGCAAACAGAAAGAAGAGCUUCCUCUCAGCUGACAAGAGAAAAAACAAUGGUUAUAGAUCUACUGUGGGAUUUUUAUGCAUAUUCCCUGUGGUGGCUUUGUUGGCUAUUGUGGGAGACACAACUGGAGCCGCAGCUCAGAAAAGUCAGGAAGAUGCUACACCACCUGGUCUUUAUGGUGUGAGUGCCUCUGCUUUGCACAGUCCAACUUUCCCACCUUGGCCUCCAGCACGAAGAAAACGAUACACAGUCACACCAGGGCACUUGAAAUGGGACCACUUCAACCUGACAUACAAAAUCCUAUCCUUCCCAAGAAACCUCAUAAAUGCCAGUGACACACGCAAGGGAUUGGCAGCUGCAUUCCGAAUGUGGAGUGAAGUUUCACCAUUCAGCUUCAGAGAAGUGCCACGCCACACAGCUAGCGAUUUGAAAAUAGGUUUCUACUCUAUCAAUCACACAGACUGUCUAGAAUCGCUCAUUCACCACUGCUUUGAUGGAACAACAGGCGAACUUGCCCAUGCCUUCUUUCCACCCAAUGGAGAAAUACAUUUCGAUGACCAUGAAUAUUGGAUAUUGGGGAAUACUCGGUUCAGCUGGAAAAAAGGUGUUUGGCUUACAGAUUUGGUACAUGUAGCAGCUCAUGAAAUAGGACAUGCCUUAGGACUUAUGCACUCCCUGAACCCCAAUGCCCUCAUGCACAUCAAUGCCACUUUGACGGGGAAAAAGACCAUCUCUCAAGAUGAAGUCUGGGGAAUUCAUAGACUUUAUGGAUGUAAAGACAGGUUAUUUACGUGCCCAUUAUGGGCACGAAAAGGUUUCUGUGAGAAACGCAGGAAGUUGAUGAAAAAGCACUGUCCAUCCACCUGUGACUUCUGCUAUGAAUUCCCAUUUCCAGCAAUCCCCUCUACUUUGCCCCCACCAAGGACAAAAACCAAGACUGUUUCUGAAGGCAGGAACGUCACCUUCCGCUGCGGACAGAAGAUCAUUCAUAAAAAAGGCAAAGUUUACUGGUAUAAAGAUAAGGAGCUUCUGGAAUACUCAUAUCCAGGUUACUUAUCCUUAAACGAUGAUCACCUGAGCAUCAUUGCAAAUGCAAUUAAUGAAGGAACUUACACUUGUAUAGUAAAGAAAAAAGAAAGAAUCUUGACCACUUAUUCCUGGAGGAUCAGACUGAGGCACUAAUAAGGGCCCUGGAAUGAGAACUUCAAUUACUGCUAGUUCUGUUUCAAAUUCAAAUUUUUUCUUUAGCAUUUUAUAUUUAAUCUGCAGCAGUACAAUCAAACUUUUAAAUCAGCUGCUUCCAUAGCUUGGGCAAGAGAGACUGGGACUUUAUUUUUGGAAAAACUUUUCCAAGUUACUUUUAACGGGUAAGAAUUUAUCAAGCAUGUCCCGUAUAGAAAGAUAAUUAAAAAAUAAUAAUAAAAAAUUCAAGGGUCAGAUUUUGCAGUUAAAUGACCCAAGUCACUGCAGACUGCUGAAAAACAAGAACAAAACCCCUCACCAGAUAAAUGGAUCAACAGAUUGAUGGCUCAACUAUGUUGCAAUGGAAUCAGAGGCAUUAUGGAAGAAAAAAAACAACCAGUAAGUAAGAAAAACACUCAGUAAGUGUUCUGCUGUCUUGGUUUUUUCUUUUUUUCUUUUUUUUUUUUUUUUUAAGAUUCUGGUGAGAAUCAUUAAAAGGGCUUUCAGAAAAAUACAUAUAACUUUUUCUUUUACUUGACGGAAGGAGGAUAUAGGACCACAGUAAGCCUUUUCUAAUUACUCCUUCUAAUUACUCCACUCUAAUUACUGAAUUCCACAUUUCAACAUGUAGUUACCUAAGUAGCCACAGAACAUCUUUCCUUCCCCUGCUUUCCUGUCAUACGCAUUUAUUACUUGGGUCAGCACAUUAUACUAUUUACCUUCAUCUGCGGUUCCUCAUAACUUGUCCUUCUAAGUGUCUGAUCAGUAAGCCUCUGGACUCCUGUAGAGAUAAGUUCACUUCUAUCACUAUCCAUCCCCCCACACCCUGAGAUGAGCUAAAUAUGCCACAUCAGACAAGAAAAUGGCAAUAGUAUUAGUGGGCAAAACCAAGUGCACUUAAAUGUGUGCAUCAGUGGCACACUCAUUUGCAUAGUCAGCAUCCCCUGACAGUUACUACAUUUAAUGAAAAAUACUCAAAAGAAAGGUAGAACAAUUUAUCCUUAAGUGCUUUUCAGUCUGCAUAAUGCCACUUGAAGGUAAUGGAACUAAGCUACUUUAGCACUAGUUGAACAUCUGCCUCAGAAACAAGCCUAGAUAAGCCUUAGUAUGUCAUUGCAGAACCUGUAAACUCAUUUGGACAGUGAUAGAUGCAUCCCUGCCUUUAGGCUACGUCUUUCUUUGACUCAAGAGAUAGAAAGGGUAUCAUCAGUGCAAGUGGAGGCUUUGGCCCAGAUUAUUUUGGCCCAGAUUUGUUCAGUCCAGUUUCUAAACGACUCAAGAACUGAUUUUUCCACUGCCUCUCUUGGCCAUACCAUAAUCAAACAGAUCUUGUUGUUAAGACAUCUUUCCCCAACGUUAAAGCAGCCUAAAUUACCCUUUGCUCUGUUUCAUCCCUUUUUAGUCGUCCUCGUAACCUUGGGCAAACAAACACCAGCAAAACUACCAACUAUCUCACAACGCUGUAAGCGACAGCAGUCUAGGAAGGCCUGUGUUACAGCAGAAAGGCUCUAUCAGUAAAACUGUAAAAAAAGCUCACUUUGAUUAUAAUUUGAUUUUACAAAAAUAAAACCUGAAAUAAAUCAACAGCAAAAUAGUAUCUGAACUGCAAAAAUCCUGUGAUGCCACUAUACUCUCAUGCAGUAGAAUUUCCACUUUGGUCUAAAUGCUAUACCUCUGCAAUUCUUCCACACUGCUGAAAUCUGUUUUUUAAAUAGGCACAAUUUCAAACUAAUUAAAUACUGCAGUUCUGUUCCUAGUGAAACUGACUUUAACUUAUUUUCUCCCCUCACUUGCCCUCUUAUAACUUGCAUAUGAUUAAAAAAACCCACCUCCCUUAUCAGUGUCAGAAGUCCAGGGUUAAGUUAACCCACCUUGGAAAAAUGUCUUCCAAUUGUAUAUGAAAGGCUUGCUUAAAAAAAGUUAAAUACCAAUAGUAACCGCUUAUCAUUUAGGUAUUUUUAUCCCCUUUCAUUUCUCACAUAUUUAUUUAGUAUGAAUAAAUAAUCUUAGGCUUCACCUUUACCAUCACAUGUAGGCAGGAGUACAGGGCAGUAAAAAAUUUAAAAAUGCAUCUUUUGUAGGGACAAUUACAAUCAGGAUCAUAAACCGCAAGCACUCUGUGCAAAAAUAGACAUUUGAGCCAAAAUAAAAGUUGAGAUGUGGCAACUGAAAAAUGCUGCUCUACUGAGGAAGAGCCGAUAUUCCCUUCUAUGAAGAAAAUUGGAGUUACACAUACCUCUUAGAGCCACAUCACAUUCCCACGAUAAUCCAGCAGUAGGGUUUGUUGCUUUUGCUUUUUUAAAACCAAAACCAUCCAACUUCGAUGCCAGAUAAAUAAUUCUUUCUUUUUGUCAGUGAAUCAGACCUUCCAUGAGUGAUGCCCCCAAUGGCUGCAACAAUGCCAAGGAAGUUAGGAAGGAAGUAACGUCACAGAGUGCAAGAUGCACAACAGAGCUUGAAACACAAAAUGUACAGUCACAUGUUUGAUCCUUUACAGUUUACCACAGGCCAUGGCAAAAUGGUUCUUCCGUGCUGCAGUCUGUGGGCUGUAGCAGAAACUGCUUUUCCAUAGGUUAUUGAUCUCUGCAUAUAAUUACCAUGAAGGAAUCUCACAGAGUAUCAUGCAUAGUUCAGUAACAGACCAGUAAUACAAUUGUUUCUCCUCCAGUAUCAGGAAAUGAGGCCUAAAGAGAAAAUAGCUCUGUCUUCCUUCACAGAAAUAUCCUUUCUCAAAAUCUACAAUUUUAGUGUAUCUAAAUUCCAGUUCCAAGGCCCUUAUGUCCAGUAAAAAACUCUUAAAGUGCACUGAAGUCAAUGGAAUAUUUAUCAUUUAAGGUAUGCCUUUCACUGGACUGGUCUGACUACAUGAAUACCUGUCUGACUACAUGCAACAUUUUUCUGUAUUUUCCAAAUCUUCCUGUCCCCGGAAAAGAAUGAUGGCAUUAUCAUAUGACAGCAAAAGACUGUGACAUUACAACAUGAUUCCUUUGUGAGAACGAAUCUGAAUAUGGCAUUAUAUUCUAUAGUCAGUACAACUAAUAGAAUUAGUUAAUGGAAAAAUGAGAUAUCUAAAAGAACUGCUACAGGAAAUACAGUUUCCAUCUCCAUAAUAAAUCUUUUUUGAUUUAUAAAACAAUAUAUUAGUUCUUUUGCACCAGCACCAUUGUAAAUACACGUAUGUGACAACUCAGUGAAGUGAUCAGCCCACUAGUGCACUCAAAAAGGUUGUCAGUGACUAUCAAACACAGCCUAGCCUCUGCAAGACACAGAACAGGAGAGAAACCUCAGAAGUGUCACGACUUCUUGCCCAAACAACCACCUUUGGCCAUAUGAAACUUACAAAAAAAAGUUGUGCCUGGGCUGACAAUAUGCUAUAAUAGUUUAAGCAGCAGAUACGGAAACAGAGAAAAAAAAUCUCUCAGAAGUUUCCACUCUAGAAGACUUAAUGCCACCAACCUCCAAGCUUUCUGCAUGUGAAGAAAUGAAAUCCUUCACACUGUUAAACAAUUAAAAAUGUAUUUUAAUUCUACAAAUUUACAAGCAAAAAUACCCCUAAAAACAACAAAAAAAAAAAAA